AUGAUCGCAGCAGUGGAAUCGGUCAUUAAUCAGACGGAAGCGGCGGAGGAGACGAAAAACCUUAUCCGACACAAAGUUUCGUCUCUCCUUAUGACUCACAAGCCGCGCGAAAAACUCACAAAGGUCGAACGCGAUGCACUAAGAGAACUCAAGGCCGACAAGGACAUCGUCAUUGUGUCCGCGGACAAGGGGCGUUCCACCGUCGUACUGGACAAAACAGACAACCUUCAGAAGGCCAAAAAGCUGCUGGAGGAUCACCAGUUCUAUGUCCCAUGUGAAACCAACCCGGUAAAAACGCUGACAAGCGAAAUUAAUGCAACACUGUUGGUAAUGGAGAACUCGGGUGCAAUAACACCGACUGACCGACGCAUGGCGAGAGCCCAAGAAACGGCCUUGGCCCGAUUCUAG